CAAGGUUAUUAGUAGGGCAUUGAUUAAUGAAAUGCUAUGACGAUUUAACGCACAAUUUCGAACUCAGGUUGAAUCCUAAAACAAAAUUAUAGAGAGCUAAAUUCGUUAUGAGUGGCGGGGUGAAAACAUAUAAUAAUGGUGUUGAUGCUUGGCGAAUGCAACUGCGUUCAAAGAAUUCAUCACCCAGUCGGUCAUUAAAUAAAACAGCCAGCGCAAAAUACGGGAAGGCAGUUACAGGGUUUUCGCUUGAUGCUUCAGCUAAUCUAGACGCGAACUAUAGAACGAUGAGGCACUUGGAAAAUGAAUAUAUCAAAAGUUUGCAACAGCAAAUAUAUCUUUUGGAACUUGAAAACAAUUACAUCCGCCGCCAGGCUGCAGAUAUGGUGGAUAAGCAGCCGAUGAUGGUUUCUGAAGCAUCAAAUUCUUUGAAAAAAAUUAAAGAAAUGCAAGAGAGAAUGGAUGGUUUGAAACUUGAAAUUCAUCGAAAAGAAGGUCAUAUAGAUAUUUUACAACAAAAAUUAAACCAUUGUGAAGAGAAUAUAAGAGAAACAUUAUUACUUCAUGAUAAAGAAAAGAAUGAAUUAAGUCGUCAAUGUAUGACGCUUAGAGGAGAACGUGAAUUGGCUUUACGAGAAAGUUAUCAAAAGGAUGAACAACUAAAAGGAUUACAAUACCAAAUUUCUAAUCAGAAAUCAAAUAUAACUGCUAUGGAAAUACAAUUAGAUAUUUUAAGAGCUAAGUUAGAUGAUGAAACAAAAAGAGCAAAUGAAUUAGAAAAAUCACUUAUUGACAGUCGUAGAGAGUUAAUUGAAUUCAAUACAAUACUAAGACAAUUAGAAGCUCAUUAUCAACAGGAAUUAAAUCGAAUACAAUCAAGACCACAAACUGAAUUUAAGGAUAAAAUACGUCAACUUGAACAAAAGUUAGGUGAUGCUUUUCUUAAAUCAGAAAAUGACCAAUACACUAAAGAUAAACAAACUGAUCGAAACGAUUUACUAUUAAAAGAAAAUGUAUAUUUAAGUAAUGAAUUGGAAAGGUUGAGAAAAAUGGCUGAAGAAUCCCAAUCCUUGUUCGAACGUAGUCAAUUUAAGCAUUCAGAGGAUAUAGCUGAAUUGAACAGAUUGAAACAAAGAGAAAAUGAAUUAACUCACAUGAAUGCUAUGCUACGACAAGAUUUACAAUUGAAAUCAAAAGAAAAUGAAAAACUUCAACAACAACUUGUAUACCAAGAAAAGACUUAUGAUAAUUUACUAUCAGGAAAACUAAUAAAACCAGAUUUAACACAGGAGUUUGAAGCUCUAAAGAAGGAACGUCAAAUGUUUGUUGAACAUAUAAAAAGGAUCAAUGAAGAGAUUACAGAGCAACGUGUAAAAAUCGACCGAUUAGAAAAAGAAAACUCUAAACCAACAAAUCGCACAGUAUCAAAUGAUAAUUCCAAGAAUUUGUUAGCUAUGAUAGACAAUAAUAAGAAUACUUUACAAUCACCACUGAAUGAAGGCAAUCUUUCACCUGUGAAUAUCACUACAGCCAAUACCUCACCAACACGUUUAAAACCAGUAGACGAAGAGAUAAUCCAAGCAAUGCGCAAAAUCAGAUCAUAAAACUUCUUUCUUUUUUUAUCAGAGAACUUCAUAAUGCAACUUCUAAAGAUUGUUUGUUACUAUACUUUGAUAAAUCCAAUAGAAACAGUAUUAAUCCUGAGAAAUUAAAAAUCUGCUUAACAUUAA